AUGGAGAUCGCCGGGGACGCCGCCGCGAGCGGUGGCCGCGGCAUCCGCGACCUGCCGCCGCUGAAGCGGUUCAAGUUCGUCGGCUCCAACCUCGGGUCAGCGCCGUGCCCGCCGCUGCCCGCCAAGAAGCGCGCGCUCCCGCCGCUGCCGGAGGCGGCGCCUGCCCCUGCCUGCCUUCCGGCGAAGAAGCGCGCGUGUGCGCCACCGCUGGAUGCCAUCUCGCCGGCGUGUCUUCCGGCCAAGAAGCGCGUCCACGUGCGCCCCCCUCCGCCGGAGGAUAACGCUCCUCCUCCCUCCGUCCCGUACAAGAAGCCUCCCCUCGUUCCGGUGAAGAAGCGCGUCGAGGUGCCGCCGCUCCCGCAGCGCGUCGUCAACGCCAAUCCAUUCGUUCCGGCCAAGAAGCGCGUCCAGGCGCCGUCGCCCCCGGAGUACGCUGCUGCUCCGCCCCCCGUCCCGGUGAAGAACCAUGCCCAGAUGCCGCCGCGCCCGGGGAGCAUCGUCGCCGCUACCCCAGGCGUCCCGGCGAAGAAGCGUGUCCAGGCUCCAUCGCCCCUGGAGCACGCCGCCCCUCCCCCGACCGUUCCGGCCAAGAAGCGGGUCCAGGCGCCGUCGCCCCUGGGGAUCGCCGCUGCUCCUCUCUCCGUCCCGGCCAAGCAGCGCGUCCCUGUGCGGUCGUGCCCGGAGGGCGUCGCCACCGCCCCCUCCGUCCAGACCAACAAGCGCGUUCCGUGGCAAUCGCCCCCGGAGGACGCUUCUGCUCGGGCCCCGGUUUGCCUCCCGGCGAAUAAGCGCGUGAUGUCGCAGUUCAUCCCGCCCUCUCCAUCUUCAUCGAUGAAGUCAGAUGGGGCUCGCGUCGGCGCCCUCAAAGAAGCCUGUCCUCAAGGCUUCGUUGAAAGCGGCGCCGCCACCUAUCCUAAGGCGGCGAAUGGUGCUGAAGCGUCCAAGAUGACCAACAAGCCCGACGAAGUCAAGGAUCAGGUGUUCCAGAAAUCCCGCAGAACAAACACCGCAAAAAGAGCGAGUGGCCUGCACUGCAAGAAGCUCUCCGAUGUCAUCAAUGGCAUGCAAUCUGAAGUUCAGUCCGAAGAGCUCAAGAAAUUCGAGCCAGCGAGUGAUCUGCACUGCAAGAAGCUCUCUGAAGUCGUCGGUAGCAUGCAGUCUGAAGUUCAUGCCGAAGAGCCCAAGAAGUUCGAGCAAACUAGUGAUCUGCACUGCAAGAAGCUCUCCGAUGCCGUCAAUGACACACAAUCUGAAGUUCAGGCCAAAGCGCUCAAGACAUUCGAGCAAACUAGUGAUCUGCACUGUAAGAAGCUCUCUGAUGUCGUCGGUAGCAUGCAAUCUGAAGUUCAAGCCGAAGACCUCAAGAAAUUCGAGCAAACUAGUGACCUGCACUGCAAGAAGCUCCCCGAUGCCGUCAAUGACGCACAGUCUGAAGUUCAAGCCGAAGUGCUGAAGAAAUUCGAGCAAACGAGUGAUCUGCAUUGCAAGCUCUCCAAUGCCGUCAACGGCGAACAAUCUGAAGCUCAAGCCGAAGUGCUUGAGAAAUUCGAGCAAACGGCUGAUGUGCACUGCAAGAAGCUCCCCAAUGUAGUCGAUGACGAACAGUGUCAAGUUCAAGCGGAGGCGCUCACGAAAUUCGACCACGCGAUUGUUCCUGAAGUGGCAGCGCCAGCACGCGAGGAGGAACACACGCAGGAAGACGAAGAAGUGGCGGCCGAGCGAAGGCAAGAUGCUCUCGCGGAAGAAGAGGACGACGGCAUCCUCUGCGCGGUCUGCCGAAGCACCGACGGCGACCAGUCGGACCCCAUCGUGUUCUGCGACGGGUGCGACCUCAUGGUGCACGCCACGUGCUACGGCAACCCGCUGGCCCAGUCCAUCCCGGACGGCGACUGGUUCUGCUCGCUCUGCUCCGUCAAGCCCGCCGCCGCCGCGGGGAAGAAGGGCAAGCCGGCACGCCCGCCCUGCCGCCUCUGCCCGGCGAGGGGCGGCGCCAUGAAACGCACCACGGACGGCGCGUGGGCGCACAUCGCGUGCGCGCUGCUGGUGCCGGAGGUGUUCUUCGGGGACCCGGACGGGCGCGAGGCCAUCGACUGCUCCCUCGUGCCCGGCCGGCGGUUCACCAGGCACUGCUACAUCUGCGAGAGCAGCAGGGGCUGCGCGCUCGAGUGCUCCCAGCCCAAGUGCGACCUCGGGUUCCACGUCUCCUGCGGCCUCAACGGCGGCCUCUGCAUCGAGUACCGCGAGGAGAAGGGCGGCGGCGUCGUCGCCGGCUUCUGUAGGGAGCACACCAAGCUCUGGGAGAAGGUAAAAUCCUGUGAUUUUCUUGUCAUUGUCUUGUUUGAGCUUGCUUCAGCGAUCUGA